AUAUAACCAAACACUUAUUCGCCCGCGCAAGAUCCACGCUCUGUUUCUUCCUCAUUUCUUCUUCAGUCUCCAGAGAAAUGGAAGCACCAACUGCUAAUUCUCCUGUCAAGAUAAUCUUAGGAUCAUCUUCUAUUGCACGGAGGGAUAUUUUAGCUAAAAUGGGAUAUGAAUUUACUGUCGCGAGCGCAGAUAUUGAUGAAAAAUCCAUCCGCAAGGAACAACCAGAAGAAUUAGUAAUGGCUCUUGCUGAGGCUAAGGCUGAUGCAAUCAUAGCUAAGCUACGGGCUGAGAAUAAUCAAGAAAAAGAUGCUGAGGUUAUUUUGGUUGCAGCUGACACUGCUGAAGCCAUCUUGCAAAGGCUCCCAGUGCACGACUACAAAAAGGAUGCUGUGCCAACAUUAUUAAUUACAUGUGAUCAAGUGGUGGUCUAUGAAGGUGCAAUCAGGGAAAAACCAUCUAAUGAGGAAGAAGCACGGCAAUUUCUAAAAGGUUAUUCAGGGAGUCAUGCUGCAACUGUCAGUUCUGUUCUUGUUACAAACCUAAAAACUGGAUUUAGGAAAGUAGAUUUUGACAGAGUGGAGAUCUAUUUCCGUGAAAUACAUGACGAAGUCAUCGAGAAGCUGAUAGAAGAGGGACAUGUGCUCAGAGUUGCAGGGGGGCUUAUAAUUGAGCAUCAUUUAGUAUUGCCGUAUGUUAAAAAAGUGGUAGGGACAACCGAUAGCGUGAUGGGACUUCCGAAAGCUCUCACAGAAAGACUAAUGAAGGAGGCUCUGGCUCUCUAACUGCUCCGUCUAUUUUCUGCUCCAUUCAUUUUGGUAUUACCCAGUUUGAACACAUCCUUACUUUUCUUCAUUGUUGUGUCUUGCUCUCAAGUAGUUGCUCAAUCCAAUCAUUUGAUACUCUAACAGUAACUUUUGAACUUGAUAAACCAAUCAUUUACUUUUGAACUUGAUAAACCAAUCAUUUACUUUUGAA